AUUGCUUGCUGUACCUAAUAUUAUGGGUUAUGGCAUCAUAAGGUUGAUGCCGGUGCUAUUGAUAGCAGCGGCGAAUCAUCAGCGUGGGUACCUUCUAGCUCUGCACGUCCCGCCGGACAAGGUGCUUAUCACGACUAACAAGCUAGCGGUAGGUGAGUUGUAUAAGGAAAACCCUGAUAUGACAACAGGAGCAGAGAAAAGAAGAAGAAGAAGAAAAAAAAUCUCAAGUGGCGACAUGCAAGGCACCGGGCCAUGCUUCAGGGGGGUGCUUGCGAAAGAGGGUCAUGCAAAGGACGAAACAGGGCUGGUGAUUUGGUUGAUUGCGGUGUGGCCUCAUGGGCGUGGCGUUUAUGCGAGAUUUGGGGCCUUGUCUUGUCCGAGUUUAACAGGAUGGAGCAUUUCGUGGUUUGCGAUAAGAUACGUAGAUACAUAUGUGUGCAAGUACCUAGUAUGGUGUGUUGGCUGAGGAAGAGAGAGAAAAAAAAUUGAGAUACAAAAG